AUGGAGUCCUGCGAUCAUGAUGAAACUCCUGCGCACCACUUGAUAUACAGAGAAGAGCUGAAAAAAGACGAUGAGAAGAAAGUUGAUUGCUGGUUUUGCGACAAACCAAUAUGGGGUUCCCUCCACAAUUGGGUGCAAUGCGGUAACCGCCCCGUUCACCGAUACGAUUCAACCAAUCAUUGCUUAGACUUCAUAGAAAAGCUGGAAUUAAAUGAUGGCAACAACCAAGUUGUUCGCUCAGGGUGCGACGAACCAGUAUUGGGUGCUCCCACCUACAAAUGCUCCGUCUCCAAAUGCAGCGGCUUCGUCAUUCACAAAUCAUGUGCCAAGUUAUCUCAGCAGAUAAAGCACGUUGUCAUGCUUGUUGUAAAUCUCACGAUCGCUCUUUCUUUUAUAAUUGCCGUUCGUGUGAUUUCUACCUCGAUAUCAAAUGUGCUAAUCGCUUGCCAACUAAUUCUAAUGACUGUCACCAACACGAAUUCUCCCCUAUUUGGAGGCGGGUCCAGUUCAAUUGCAAAGUUUGUGGAGAGGAAAUCAAGAACUUCGCCAACCUAUGUAGUAUUUGCAAACUCUUGGAUAUCAGUGAUUAAAGACAAGUCUGGGCAAUUAUGCAGAACACAGGGGGAGAUUGAGGAUGCUUUUGUCUCGUAUUUCAAAGACCUUUUCACUGGGGAGUCAUUCCUAGAAGUGGACCAAUGUAUCCAGGCCGUGGACCAAAAAGUCUCAGAAUCAAUGAAUGUGUCUUUGCUGGCAGAAGUAACAGUGGAGGAGAUUUCUGGGGCUCUUCAACAAAUGGCUCCUCUAAAGGCUCCAGGCCCAGACGGUUUUAGUACUUGUUUCUACCAACAAAAUUGGGGACUGAUCCACAAAGAGGUAUGUGCAGCUAUUAUUCAUUUUUUCAAUUCUGGAAUGUUGGAUCCCAGGAUAAAUUCCACCUACAUUGCUUUAAUCCCAAAAAUUUCCAAUCCUGGUAGUGUUUCUGAGUUCCGACCAAUUAGCCUAUGUAAUGUUAUUUACAAAUUGCUUUCUAAAGUGUUGGCUAAUAGAUUGAAAACAGUCCUCCCUGCAAUUAUAUCUCCCAAUCAGAGCGCUUUUAUUCCGGGAAGGUUAAUAAGUGAUAACAUCAUUGCCGCCUAUGAGACCAUGCACACCAUGCAAACUAGGAUGUGGAGUAAGGAAGGUUAUAUGGGCUUUAAACUCGAUAUGAGUAAGGCGUAUGACCGUGUGGAAUGGUCUUUUUUGGAGGCAGCUAUGUUAAAGAUGGGUUUUGCAAGUAAAUGGGUGAGUUGGGUGAUGACAUGUAUACGGACAGUCUCUUACUCAGUGCUAGUAAAUGGCAAUCCUGUUGGAAGCAUAAAACCUACAAGGGGGAUUAGACAAGGGGAUCUUAUCUCCCCUUAUCUUUUUCUCAUUUGUGGUGAAGUUCUCAGUGCGCUUCUUCUCAAGGCUGAGGGAAAGGGGGUCAUAACAGGGGUCCCAACCUCUCUAAGGGGUCCUAGGUUAAGCCACCUUUUCUUCGCAGAUGAUAGUGUCCUCUUUUGCAAGUCAAACAAGGUGGAAUGGAGAAGGCUGCUUCGCAUUUUGGGUAUUUAUGAAAAAGGGUCGGGGCAGAAGCUAAAUAUGUCCAAGACCUCUAUUUUCUUUAGCAGGAAUACUAGCCAAAGCAGAAGAUCAGAAAUUUUGGAGUUUUCGGGUUUACUAGAAGCACACCGGAUUGAUUCUUAUUUGGGACUCCCUACGUUUGUUGGAAAAUCCAGGACACAAACUUUUAAAGAUAUUAUUGAAAAGGUAUCAAAACGGCUAGAAAAUUGGAAGUGUUCUUUUUUAUCACAAGCAGGGAAGGAGGUCUUAUUGAAGGCUGUGGUGCAAGCCAUUCCUACUUAUAGUAUGGGAGUUUUUCAACUUCCCAUUACUUUAUGUAAGGAACUGAAUCAGAUGAUGCAGCAAUUUUGGUGGAGUCAUAUGUCAAAAAACUCAAAGAUACACUGGAUGAGUUGGUCAAAAAUGGGUCGAUCUAAAACAAAAGGGGGGCUUGGUUUUCGGGAUCUUGUUAUUUUCAACAAAGCCUUAUUAGCAAAACAGGGCUGGAGAUUAAUGCAAGACCCAGAUUCGGUGGCAGGCAAGAUUCUAAAGGCCAAGUACUUUCCUCAAACUUCCUUUCUUGAAGCAAAGUUGGGAUCCAAACCUUCGUACGUGUGGAGGAGUAUUUUUAAUGCUCAAGGGCUAUUAAUUGAGGGGCUACAGUGGAGGGUAGGGGAUGGUCAAUCGAUAAAGAUUUGGGGUGAAAAGUGGUUACCAACCCCUUCCUCAUAUUCUGUUCAGUCUUCACCACGAAGCUUAACUGGGAACUGUUUGGUGGCUGACUUAAUAGACUAUGACCUGAGGAAAUGGAAGGAGGAUCUCAUUCAGGCAGAAUUUGGGGAGGAGGAAGCAAAAAUGAUCUCAGGUAUUCCUUUAAACCCAUUACUGCCUGCGGACAAAUUAAUAUGGAGAGGCACUGUGAAUGGCGAAUUUUCGGUGCGUAGCGCUUAUCAUUUGGGAGUGGAAGUGGAAGAAUCAAAAAGGGGACAAUGUUCAAUUCCUGGUAAGGAUAAAGAUAUUUGGAAGACAUUGUGGAGUUUAGGGGCCCCUAAUGUGGUUAAAAUGUUUAUUUGGAGAGCUUGCAAUGAAGUCCUCCCUACUAGAUGUAAUCUAUUUCAGAGGAAGGCGAUAGAAAAUAAACUAUGCCCGUGCUGUGAAGUUGAAGAUGAGGAUGCUCUCCAUGCCUUAUGGUCGUGCCCAGCUGCCAAAGAUGUUUGGGGGUGUUCUUCUUCUUGUUUCCAAAAAUUUUGUUUUGCAGGAGCUGAUUUUCAGAGUCUCUUUGCUUAUUGUAUGGACCGAUGUACAAAGGACGAACUGGAUCUAAUGGCAACCACAGCAAGACGUAUUUGGCUUCGUCGGAAUGCUUGGAUCUUUGAACAACGCUUUGAGCAUCCUGAUAUUGUCUACAGUGAAGCUAUGAAGGCAUGGAUGUCUUUCAAAAGGUGUAAUAUGAUAGAUCAUGAAGUGUUUUCGAAGGUGGAGAGAAAUGAUGAGAACAGAAAUAGACCGAAUAAGUGGUCUCCUCCUCCUGCGGGGGUCUUAAAAGUAAAUUGGGAUGCGUCUAUAAAUGUGGCAAAGGAUUGGGUUGGUUUGGGUAUCAUUGCUAGAGAUAGUAAUGGUCUAUGUGUGGGUGCGAAAUGUAUCACGAUACGGGCCCGGACGGAUCCAAAAACAGCGGAGUUUAUGGCAACACUACAUGCGGUAAAAUUCAGUAAAGAAGUGGGUUUUUGGGAUGUAAUCUUUGAAGGGGAUGCGGCUCAAGUGGUAAAGGAGAUAAAGUCUAAUUCGUCAAGUUUUUCUAAAGUGGGCCAUUUUAUUGAGAGUAUUUAUUUGGAGAAGCAAUAUUUUCGGUCCAUCAGUUUCCAUGCUAUCCCUCGUUCUUGUAAUAUGGCAGCCCAUACUCUAGCAAAAGAGGCCUCUUCUAAGUUUGUAGAUUUGUGUUGGCUGGAUGACACUCCUAUGUGUGAGUCAAAGGACUCAUCGAAGCCAAUCACAGCUGAUGAUGUCCGCCAGGUUUUCAAGAAUCUUGCAAAGAAGCGCCGCCGCAUAGAGUGA